UACAAUUGUAUGGUUUAUGUCCAAAAUCAUCUGAGAAGUGAAGAUGGCUGUGGAGUCAAUGAAUUGUGUGCGCCAAAUCCAUUGAUUGAAUAAGGCCAAGAUAAAAUGUAUCGCCUUAUUGUUUGCUACACGAUUUUUCGAAAGGGAAAAAUAAACUAAGAAUACAGCUGUGGAAUAGCAAGUGAUGGGAAGAUGGUGAGGGAGCACAUUUGCCACUGGUAUGGGUUCUCAAACGCUGGAUAUUUUGAGACAAGGCGUCUGGGCGAGCCUGACAGGAGGCUGGUUUUACGAUCCUCAUCUCGACGUUUUUUCAAAUACCUUUCAUCUUUAUGUUUGGCUUUUCUUGCUCUGCCUUCCAUUUACCAUAUACCUUUACUUUCCACCAACAUUAUAUGUCUGGUUAGCAUAUUGUUUUUCAAUUGGAGCACUUUUCGGUACAAUAAAGUGUGUCAAUCAUGCACUUCAUUGUGUGUAUGAUACCACUGAAUGUUUAGAGGAAUCAGGGCAGAAUGUCAGUCAACAAAGGUCAGAAAAUGAGAAGGGACGCAUAGCACAUAACAAAUGCAGGGAACAAUCUCAAGAUCAAAUAGAUCAUGGAAUAGAGCUACAAGUUUUAAAUGGUAAAACAGAUACACCACCUGUAGAAUGCUCAUCACGUAAUUCUUUUAUUGAAUCAAAUGUGCAAAAUGCAGAUGCAGAUAGUAUAACAUCAGAAUAUAAUCGAGAUAAGCCUAGUUCAACUAUAGAUUUGAAAGUAGAAAUUCACCGUAAAAAUAGUUCAGAAAGUUCAGAAGAAGCACAGCAGUUCACUAAACGAGUAGUACCCAGUACAAAUGUACAUGAAGCAGAAUUAGCUUCAGCGACUGAACCAUAUUAUCUAAAUAUAAUAAAUGAAAGAAGAUUGAAACGAAAUAGGUAUAUGACUAUUACCGAUGAAAGGAGAAAAGCAAAAAGGAAGUUGUGUAGGCAUGCAUCCGAAGAUUCACGAAAUCGUCAUUCCAAACAGUGUAGUCUUGGCAAAACAGGUUCUGAAAGUCAAAUUAAACAAACAAGUUCAUUGGAAUUAGAGCAUCAUGUAGAUGAAUUUUCUUACUGGAAAUUUAAUCAGAGUGUACGGCGUCUUAAUUCUAAUUCAAUUCCAAUGGAAACUCAUUUAACAAAUGAUCACCCACAAAGUUUAGAAAUUAUAUCGAAAAAAGAAGACACAGAUAAAAAUAAAAUUUCAUCGCAUCCACAAUCGUUAGAAGUUAUCACAAAAAAGCCACAUCAACAACUUAUUCAUCCACAAAGUCUUGAAACAAUUGGUGCUGCUAGUAAGAAUAUAAAUACUACAGAUGACAAUAAUUUACCACUUCAUCCGCAAAGUCUUGAAACAAUCAAUGCUAAAAAGGUAUUACCUCAAAAUACACUAAAAAAAAAUCAACUACAAUUAUUACCAUAUCUUAGUUAUGGAUCAGAAAUAGUGCAUCCUAUAGCAGAACAAAGCGAUGAACAAUUUGCUAAUGAAAGUUCUGGAGGGUAUAGUCUUAGAGACUCUUACAGUCCAUUACUUACUCGAAAGACUUGUGAAACAAAUGCUACCUCUAAUCGGGACAGAAGUCUUAGUACUAGCCGAUUCGUAGAUAGAUAUUCAAGAUUUUAUGGAGACGAUGAUAUAGAUAAUGAUUUUGCAAAUUGUAAAGACGCAUUAAUUGAAGAAUUAAAGCGUCACUGUAUCAAAAGGAGAUACAGUAAUGCAAGCCAAAGCAGUCAUGAAUUCUCUGAUGCUGAGAAACCCAAAGAUAAGCAAGAUAAACUGAAAAAUAUGGAUGACCCAUUAAAUGUUGGAAGCGUAGUCGGAAUAGACCGAUUAUUUGAAAGUAGUGAUUGUACACUGGAACAAAGAACAAAUAAAAAUAUGCAUAAUAAAGAACCAGAUUCUGGUUCGUCUAGUACAACGACUUUGAGUAUGGAAAACGAGGUAAAGAGAAAGUUACUUCCGCCAUUAGAAACAGAUAACAAACGACAUCAAGGUGCGAUACCCAAACAAAGCCGUCCAAAACCUGCAGUAGAAACUAUAGAUGAUAAUACAACUACCGAACACAUCUGGACGAAGCGUAGACGACCAUUAGUUAUAAUGUUAUCUUCUGGUCGGGAUUUAUCCGAUUUGAGAUUAAGUCGUAAUGCAGAGAAUCGAAGUUUACGAUCAAGACGAGAUGCUUUGAAACCUCUGGGUAGACAAGAUCCACUACGAGAUAAAAUUCGAGACGACAGAGUCGUACCGCUCACUGAUUUAUUUGAAUUAAUAUCAAAUGAUGGGUGUCAUUUAGCUGCCAACCACAACGAUACAGAAAUACCCUUCGAAAUUGGACGUUGGUUGGCUUAUACAGUUGAUGAAAAAGGAUCUACUGUUGCUGCUGCUGCACAAGUUCCUUCGAAUAAUAAUGAUAAAUUGUUAAAUACUUUAUUACGCCAACAAUUGAAUCAAAAUUUACAUUAUGACACGAACUGGGAGAUCGCAGAUUCUUUGAGUAAUAGUUACAGCAGUCUGUCUUUAAACUCUGCUGGAUUAAGUGUCAUAAUAGAUACUCCACCCGUUUUAUCGAGUCCAGAAAGCAAUCAAACUAAAGCACAGAACUCAGUAGCAUCAAAUUUAGUUUCUUCGAAUCAGUGUACCAUAGAAACUUUAGAACCUGAUCAGUUUCAUCAAGAUAUAAUAUCACGUAUAGAGUCAAUGAGGGACAGAAAUCGAGGGUUACAAAAUUUAUUAGGAUACUUAAAUGUAAAUCUUUAUCAAUCAGCCUCAAAUUGGCGAAUGCCAGCUUUGACGUUACCAACGCAUCAAGAAACUGAUAUGAAUGCAAGUUUAUCGUGGAAUCGAUUAGGUGGUUUCGAUGCAUUUGAUUCUAAACCUAAACAAACAGGACAUUAUUACAAAUGGAAAAUUGGCAAAUUACCGCAUAUAAAAGUGCGGUUCGAUCGUCUUUUUUUAUUGGCUUUGUUAGAUCGAAAUUUGACCAUUUUUGAAACCAUUGUUUCGACGUUUUUAGCAAUGGCUGUUGCGGGAUUGGGACUCAUACUACUUCAACAAGGUCUUUACCGAGAUAUAUUUGCUUUUAUGUUCUGUUUUGCAACCGCUGGAUGUCAGUAUUCAUUGUUAAAAUCUGUUCAGCCUGACGCUGCUUCACCGACACACGGUUUUAAUCGCAUUAUAGUAUUUUCUCGGCCUAUAUAUUAUAUACUGUGUUCAGGGUUUAUAUUAAUCUUUAAUGAAUUUUUAAGAAAUUUCAAAGCAUCUGAAUUUCGAGUAUACGGUUUCCGAGUUGCUGAUUACGAUGUUAUAUUACAAAUUCGAAAUAUUUUAUUAAUUUUCCUGUUAUGUUUCCCAAUCGUAUUUUCAUUGGGUUUAUUUCCUCAAAUCAACACCUUUUUGAUGUAUCUCUGUGAACAUAUAGAUAUUCAUUUAUUUGGUGGAAAUGCAACGACUAGUCUAGUCUCUUCAGUAUAUUGUCUUUGUCGAAGUAUAGUUACUGUUGUCAUACUAUACGGAUUUGCUUAUGGAGCACUCACAGAACCUAAAUCCUCGCAACAUAUUUUAUUUUCUAUUUUUGCGGGUUUAUUAGUUGCUAUAUCUUAUCACUUGAGCCGAUCAUCUUCAGAUCCCACAGUAAUAUGGGACAUUGUAAAAACGAAUUUGUGGCCACCAGAAAUUUAUACAGAAGAAAAAGAAGCCAAAAUUAUUGAGAACACGUCUCGCAGAGAUAAUUUAUCUACAACAUACGAAGAAGCAAAAAUCAGAACUACAGGAAGAAAGAAGCAUGUGAAAAUUAAAGUUGGUGAACAGAUGUCGGAUACAGAAUUAGUGGAUCCUUUACCUGAAAAAUUAAGAGCAACAGUAAACUCAAGAUUAAAAAAUGAUUUAAUAGUAUGUGCUGUGAUAGGUACCUUAUCAUUUGGUAUCCAUUGCUCUACUGUAUUUACAGCUUUACAACCCGAGUUAAAUCCAGUUUUAUGGGGUAUUGUAAGCUGCCUAGGAUUUCUAUUACACUAUAUCGUACCACAGCUUCGGAAGCAGUUACCAUGGCUAUGCUUGUCAAGACCAGUACUACGUAGCCAUGAACAUGCACAAUUUGAAGUACGUGAACCAGUGAAGAUUAUGUGGUUUGAGAAGGCAUAUGUUUACCUCUCAUUCCUAGAAAGAAAUGUUCUCUAUCCGAUAGUAUUCUUAGGAGCACUUACCGAAUGUUCAUCAAAAAUAGUAAACAAAUUUGGAGAAAGCAUGGGUGCAUUAAUUAUAGUUGUGUGUGGAUUGAAAUCUUUGAGAUCCGCAUACUCUGAUCCAUCAACUCGAUAUCUGGUUCUUAUUUUUGCAGUGUUAUUUUUCAAAUUAGAUUUCCGAGAACUGAGUGAAACAUUUCUUGUGGAUUAUUUUGUAACUGGAAUAGCGUUUGCAAAGAUUUACGAAUUACUAUUGAAAAUAAGAUUUGUCGUUACAUAUAUCGCACCUUGGCAAAUCACUUGGGGUAGUGCGUUUCAUGCAUUUGCCCAACCAUUCUCAGUCCCACAUUCUGCCAUGUUAUUCUUACAAGCGGGCAUUUCUGCAAUUCUGAGUACUCCGCUAAAUCCACUCCUGGGAAGCGCAAUUUUUAUAUCUUCAUACGUACGUCCUGUGAAAUUUUGGGAAAGGGAUUACAAAACGAGAAGAGUGGAUCACUCAAAUACACGAAUGUCUUCGCAUUUAGAUCGAAAUCUAGGUGCGGAUGAUAAUAAUCUAAAUUCAAUUUUCUAUGAACAAUUGACGAGAUCUUUGCAACACAGUCUUUAUGGAGAUCUUGCUCUUGGUCGUUGGGGAAAUGUGGAACAAGGCGAUUGUUUUUUAUUAGCAUCAGAUUACUUGAACUGCUUAGUACACGUUGUUCAAUUAGGCAAUGGAUUAGUAACUUUCCAAUUAAGAGGUCUUGAAUUUAGAGGAACGUAUUGUCAACAGAGAGAAGUAGAAGCAAUUUCUGAAGGAAUUGAAGACAACGAUGAUUGUUGUUGCUGUGAAAUGGGACAUUUUUCGAAUGUAUUAAGUGUAAAUGCAGCUUUCAGUCAGCGUUGGUUAGCCUGGGAAGUUGCGAGUGCGAAGUAUGUUUUAGAAGGGUACUCGAUUUCCGAUAAUUCAGUAGUUUCUAUGCUCCAAAUGUUUGAGUAUCGUAAAGCAUUGGUUACCUACUACGUGAAAAGUAUUAUUUUUUAUGCUGUUAAAUCAGCCAAAUUGAAAUACUGGUUGGGGAAUUCCGAUAUUUCUGAUGCCUUAAAAAUAACACUUGACAAGAAUUUUGUGGACCUGGAUCCCGUUUUUAAAAUGAACAUCGAUGAGGAUUAUGAUUUUCGCGCCAUUGGUAUUACAAGAAGCAGUUUUUGUAAUGUUUAUUUGGAUUGGAUACAAUUUUGUGUUACCAAACAAGAUAAGACACUAGAUAAAUCAAGGGAUUCACCAUUGGUGUCUCUAUGCCUUGCGUUGAGUCUUUUGGGGAGACGUGCUUUAGGAGCAGCAUGUCACAAUACUCUGACCAGUGUUGAAUUUUUUAUGUAUGGAUUGCAUGCACUAUUUAAAGGAGAUUUCCGCAUAACAUCGAUUCGAGAUGAAUGGGUGUUACAUGAUGUUGAUUUAUUACGGAGCGUUGUGGCAAAAGGAGUACGCAUGGCGUUGAAGCUGCAUCAAGAUUAUUUUAUGAGUCCAGAUUUAUAUGCUGAACUAUCCGCCCUUUAUGAUGCUAUAGAUAAUCACGAUAAAAAUCUUGUAAUUAGUCAUGAAGCUGAUCCAUUAUGGAGAAAUGCUGUUUUAAAUGGAGCACCCAGUCUUCUAGCACUUAGACACAUCCUUGAUGACGGCAUUGACGAAUACAAAGUGAUUAUGCUUAAUAAACGAUUCUUAAGCUUUCGAGUAAUUAAAAUGAAUCGUGAAUGCGUGCGUGGCCUAUGGGCUGGGCAGCAACAGGAGUUAGUAUAUUUAAGAAAUAGAAAUCCUGAACGGGGUUCCAUACAAAAUGCAAAACAAGCCCUCAGAAAUAUAAUAAAUAGCUCUUGUGAUCAACCAAUUGGGUAUCCCAUUUAUGUUUCACCAUUAACAACCAGUUACGCAGAGACUAAUGAGCAAUUAUGUUCUAUAGUUGGAGGACAUUUAAGUCUCAGUGUAAUUAAACGUAAUGUAUUAAAGUUAUGGCAAAGUAUUAUUUUCAGAAUUAGAAGAAGGUGCGGUCAAGGUUGUUCAUCUGGCGGGACGGGAUCCCAAGAUGACGGAGGUUUUGGAAACGAUGGAGUGUAUGCAAUGACCACUUAUAAUAUUCAUCCAGGGUAUAGUCAAUCGGGUUACAAUACAUCUGGUUCACAAUCUAUGGAUUCUGGAUGUCAGAUUGGUGGAUCAACUGGACGUGGUUCUUUAGGAAGGGCAAAUACAGCAUCUCUCGGUGGAAAUAGGGGAUCAUUGGCUUCUGUUGGAAAGCCUACAAGCUCAACGCUUGCCAAUUUAGCCGGUCUUCUUAGUAACAGUGACAUUAAAACUGAAACUAAGAGUGAAACUAGUUUUUCUGGUAAGGUUGAGAAGGAAGAAGUUCUCCAAAGAGUACGCAUCAUAGAUCCCAAUCAAGUAUACGAUGCAAUUAAUUUGGGUCGUCGAAUAGAUGUGAUUUGGCCAGAUGAAAGAAUGAGACAACAGGGUGGUAGAUCUGGAUGGAAACAUUGGGUACCCGAAAGAGGUAUGGAAGGAUGUGUUGUUCAUUGUUGGUCUCCUAAUCAUCGUGAUCCAAAUCGACGAUCUCAUGUGGAUAAAGUUAUCUUACUUGUCAAAAUAGACGAUAAGUAUGUUCCGAUAGCGGAACAGGGUGUACGAGAUUUAGGAGCAGAAGUGUGAUGAAGUAUUUUUUAAUAUUCUUUAAUAAUACACACUCUGACAAUUUUCGUACAGUCAUUUUUUCAAAACACUCACGGCGAAUAGUAAUAUGAAUCCAUUAAAAAUAAAAAUUCAUUCCAAUUAUAAAAUAAUAAAUACAAAGAUUUUUGAUGAAAAAUUAUUCUUGAAAUUGUACAUAAUGAAAAUCGACGUAUUUUAAAACUAGUUUGUUAAUUCCAUUAUAAUAUACGUAUAACUACAAAAUACUCUUCUCUAUGCAACUUUUCGGAGAUUUUCAUUCGCUCAACAUAUCUUUUUAUUAAUAUUAUUCAUUCGCUUCUGCAUUCCUUUCAUUGCAAUAAUUAUUCGAUAGUCGCAGAUCUCCAGAAACAUUUUACGAAAAUAUUAUAAAUUUGAAAGUUUACAUCAAUCGUAAUAAAAUAUUUUGUCAUUUAUAAUUGCGAUGGAAAGAUUAUCUUCUUACAUGUUUAAUGAAAAGACUAAUAUUGAUCGUCAAGUUAUUCAAUACAAAGUAAAUUGUACCAUGUUGUAUUAUACCAUGUACCAUAUAACUACUAGAUGAUUUAGCAUGAGAACUACAUGUUACUUGUUGUUAAACUAAGUUAUUACGUUUUUUUCACUUUGACAUAAAAUAUUCAUUGGUUGUAUUCGUUAUUUUCUGUUAAUUUGCUAUAUAGAAAUUAUUUAUUAUGAUAUUAAUAAUUAUAUAAAAUAUUUUUUGUUCAAUAUACAUAAAAAUGAAGAAAGUACAAAAGCCAUUAACUAUAUCAAUAUUUAUAUUUUGAAGUUAUAGCAAAUGUGAUUUAUAGGACAUAGCUAAAAUUAAUAAGAUUAUACGCAAAGAGAAUGUUGUAGAUGGUCAUAAAUUGUGGUAUAUAUUAGAAAUAAAUAGACAUAUUCGGUAUUAUUAUCGAAUAUGCGCAUUCAAUAACAACAAGUAACAUAAGUAGAAAUUUGUAUAUAAUGUCAUUCGUUCUUUUCUACAUUUUGUUACAUUUUUUUUAAACUACAUACAUAUAUAUAUAUAUAUAUAUAU